AUGGUCCGACCACGUCUGAAUUCCACCAUCACCCGAAAUUCUCCCUGUCCUUUCGCGGACGGCGUCUGUGAAACUCCCGCUCUGAAGUUUGACUCCGGCCUCGUCGAUUCGAACGACGACAUGGGCUUAAAUGCUCGUGAAGAAGACUCCAUUCAAAUUCGGCGAGUCACUACUUGCGCACCCGUCCUGAUUGAAGAACGCUAUUCAUCAGGCUGGAUACAACCUCCCGAGGCUGACGAUGCCCUGCCUGGCGAUACCUUCAAGUUGUACUGUUUCGGACAAAGCAUACCUCAGACCUUUCCCGACAAUGUAACAUUUGCCUGGAGUAAUUACUCGCAAUCACUACCUGCCCCGCCUUACACAAUAUCGUGGUUUAAUUCCUAUUUACGCGACGCUUCCGUGAGCGACUAUAUUCCCAUUUCGGACCUCAACACCACCGACUCAGAUGUAUCCAUACUUUCCAUAAUCAACAGGGCCGCCUAUCUCGGUAACGUUACGGAUCCGCUCUAUCGAGCCACCAAUAACACCGACCUUCCCGGAUUCAAGUCUGCGAAUCGCGUUGCCUCUUUCCUAGGCUGUACGCAGCAAUACCAGUUCUGCUCCCAUCGUACCACAUGCACACCUCUCACAGGCCUGUACGAUGUCCGCAAUGAAGCGACCAAAUCGCUUAAUCUUAGUUCAAUACAAUCCUCAACCUUCACCCUUCUUUGGAAAUCUGCGUGGAGUAUGUCACUCCAGCUGACAAUGGUAUUGCUCGGAGACGACCUGCUGCUCGCAAAGGACUAUCUUUGGGGAUCAACGUCGUAUUCGUCCAGCCUUCCUGACAAUCAAUGGGAGGUUGAGGCCGCGAAUAUGCACAACAUCUCGCUUGCGAUGCUUCAAAGAAGCGUGGUCGAGUAUGCAACUCCACCAGACAUUGCAAUUCGUCCGGGCUUGCGGAGUCCCUCCCAGAUAGAGCCGCCUGCUGACGCCGGGAUGAGGGCGCUUUGUCAGAAUCAGAAAGUCAUAAGCAAAGAUCAUGCCAGCUUUAGCGUUGUAGGGCUAGCUAUUAUUUUGGCUGUGGGCUCCCUGAUGAUUUUUCUGGAUAUGUUCGUCGCAAGGCUAGUGCUGUGGAUUGGAUGGGGGAGGUUUGCGAGCAUGCAGGAAGAGUGGGUGCAGCAGGGGCUAAUGCAAUUGCAGAGACAGGCGUUGGAAGCGAGGGGUAUUGGACCAUGGGAAGGGAAGGAUGGUGACGUGCCGGUACUUGUCGGGGAUGGUGAUCUUUUUAGGUCGUCAACGGCUGCUGCAAAGAGCAACGUGGAGUUGAAAGGGGGGGCUGUGGUAGGCUACCAAUCUGUGCCGGGUACACCAUUAGCGUAGAUUAGGUGCCUUACACAACGUUGUUGCUCAGAUUCGCAAAUUGAGUC